UCCUUCCAAGAAGCCACGACAGGAUGGGGAUGCAGAUGCUGCAACAACUGACUACGAUGGAGAUUCCAGUGGAUCAACUAUUAUUUUAUCACCUGUUCGAGCCAGCACCCCAGUGGAACAACAGGGUAGCAGUGAUGAAGCAUCUCCUUCAACUGACUUCUACAGCAGCCAGAAAACCCAGGCAAGACACUACAAGACUCUCCAACAAUUGUACAAGACCAAGAAGCCGAACAAAGCUGCAGUGACCCAACUAAUGGACCUGGAGUUUCAGUCUAGAAGACUCUUCAUAGACUCCGAUGCUGUAAAGGAACAAGACAGACCAACAAAGAUUCUCGAAGCUUACCCAUGUUUCAGAGAAGUGGAUCAUGUUUUGGAUGAAUUGCGGAGAAUUAUUCAACCAUCCAAUUCCCGGUACAUCUCUGAGAUGAAGGAAAGAUGGGAAAACUUCUACUCAAAGGUGCAGUUCUAUGGUGUGAUGAAAAAACUCGUGAAGCCUCCAAACACAUUGAAUGGAGUGGAGCAUGCCACAGCUGUAUUCAGAGCCCUGCCACAGCUCUUCCCAUCCAGCACUGUGCCUCCUAAGAAGUUGGGUGCCAGCAGUGAGGCUCUUUUCCAUGUCCUUACGACUUCAGAAGACCCUGAUUGUUUCCUGCGCCAGCGACCUCUGUCUUGUCCAUUUGUGCUUGUCUCUGAAGACAACUGCAUGAUCGCCGUGGGAAGCACACCAGUGACUACGUUCGACCGGGAGGAUCUUUAUGAGGGACUGCUCUAUGUCAUGGCAUAUUAUUAUGCCCUCCACCUCACGUACCCAAAGUGUAUUUCCACACUACUGUCUGUACUGCAAACUGAAAUUCUUCAAGAUUCCAUCCAUGACCGAGAUUCAACCCCCUCCUACAAAAAAGCUCUUGCUGAGUGGAAGUCAUUCAUUGAGUGAGUUUGUCUUUUCUUGUUUUUUCCUUCUCUAUGCCAUGAAGGUGUUUCAAAAAAAGUUAGUCAAAUGUUAGCCACAUGUUUGUUGGUGUCAUUUUAAAUUAGUUCUUCUGAGAUACUUUGCAAACCAGCAGUGGGAAUGUCUUUUCUUUUAACAUACAUAUGGUGCUGGAAUCCUUUUUGACACUGGCAGCUAGAAUGUUACAUAAUUGUUAUGUUGCUAGAAUAAUGGAAUACACACUUUUUGACAGUUGCAGUGUUGUAUCCUGUUAAAAUAUCUGGAAUAAGUACUUGUGACUGACAACGUUGUACUGUAUAGUACUAUGUUAAAGUAGUUGGAAAAUGCACUUCUUGAGAGUGGCAGUUGGAUUUAUUAUGCAGUUGUUGGACUUGAGUGAUGUCAAACUCAGCUGUCCUGAUUUGCUUUAGUAAAAAAUGAAUAAAUGAAGAAUGCUUCUGGUGACUUAAUUUAAGAAAAAGUAGCUUGUUUGUCGUAUCCUUUUGGAAGAAAUUGUGUCUUAUACUAAGCUACUUUUAGCUAAUUAUUAUUCUUAUUGUUGAGGUAUAAUUUCUCAAAAUCAGUUCAAUCAAGAAUGAAAAUGUUCUGUUUCAAGAAAAUUUGUCCUAUUGUAAGCUUUUUUUAUUAACUGAAAAUCUUAAUUAAGGUAUAAAUUCUUAAGUUAAGUAAAACAUUCUUAAAGUCAGCUUCAUCAAGACAGCACAACACUUAUUUUAAGUAAAUAUUUCCUACAUAAUAGAGUUUAUUUGCUUGUUACAAGCAAAUUUUUUUUACAUUUUGGACAAUUUUUUCUAGUUUUAAGACACAAUAUGGUCUUAAAGUGACUAGAUUUAUAGUCUAGUUUUAAGAAUUCUAGCCAAGUAAAUUUUGCUUACCCCAUUGGCAGAUUUUUUUGCUCAAAACAAGAAAAUUUGACCAGAUUUAAGAAUAUUUGGCUUAUUUCUA